ACCUCAAACCAUUUAGAAGAUGGGUAGCCAAACCAUGAGAGCAGCUUUGUUUAUGGUUUUUGUAUUUGCCUUUGUAAUUAUUGGUGGCAAUGCACAAGAAUCAACCACUCUUGUUCCAGCCAUCUUCACAUUUGGUGAUUCUGCAGUAGAUGUGGGAAACAAUGACUACCUCCCAACAAUUUUCAAGGCCAAUUACCCUCCUUAUGGAAGAGACUUUAAGAACCAUCAAGCUACUGGGAGGUUUUGCAAUGGAAAACUAGCCACUGAUAUCACUGCUGAUACUCUGGGCUUCACAACUUAUCCACCUGCAUAUCUUAGCCCUCAGGCAUCAGGGAAGAACCUUCUCAUUGGAGCCAACUUUGCUUCUGCUGCAUCCGGUUAUGAUGAAAAGGCAGCAUACUUGAAUCAUGCAAUCACCUUGCCCCAACAGUUACAGUACUUCAAGGAAUACCAGGGUAAGCUAAACAAGAUUGCAGGUAGUAAGAAAGCAGCAACAAUUAUCAAGGGUGCACUAUACUUAUUGAGCGCUGGCAGUAGUGACUUUGUUCAGAACUACUAUGUCAAUCCUUUUCUUAACAAACUCUACACUCCUGACCAGUAUGGUGACAUCCUCGUUGGUGCUUUCACAAGCUUUAUUACGGGUGUGUAUGGUUUGGGAGCAAGGAAAAUAGGUGUGACAUCACUCCCUCCAUUGGGUUGCCUUCCGGCUGCAAGAACCUUAUUUGGAUUCCAUGAGCCAGGCUGUGUCGCCAGACUCAACACUGAUGCUCAAGCAUUCAAUAAGAAGAUAAACAACGCAGCAAACACUCUCCAAAAGAAACUUCCUGGUCUUACAGUGGUCAUCUUCGACAUCUACAAGCCUCUGUUUGAUGUUGUUAAGUCUCCAUCAAACUAUGGCUUUGCGGAAGCAAGGAGAGGUUGCUGUGGCACUGGGAUUGUAGAGACGACAUCAUUGCUGUGCAAUCCAAAGUCAAUAGGAACUUGUGCUAAUGCAACUCAGUAUGUGUUCUGGGACAGCGUUCAUCCAUCUGAAGCUGCUAAUCAAGUUCUUGCUGAUGCAUUGUUAGUCCAAGGUAUCGGCCUCAUUUCAUGAGGAUGGUAUAUGCGUGUUCCUAGAGAACUCUACAAAAUGUUGAAAACUGCUAUUCCUUUCUUUUAGGUUCUCCUAUGUUUACAGAGAUAGCGAUAAAAAUCAAAAGCUUCAGAAUAAUGUUGCUACUAAAUGGUGCUUACGUGUAUGAAAUUAUUAUCACUAAAACUGUGACCUAUUUCAUUUUAUAAUAGA